CUUGACGAUAUCGCUUCUGGAAUGACUUACUUACACCGGAAGAACAUCGUUCAUGGCGACCUCAAAGGUGUGAACAUCCUUGUUGGAAGUGACCAUCACGCCCUCCUGUCCGACUUCGGUAUAUCAAAACUCGUAGGCGAAAACAACCUUACCCCUCACAGUGCCGCAUCGCCGUCACCGGAAUGUUUUGGCGGUUCAAAAGCAACGACAGCCUCAGACGUAUAUAGUUUCACAAUGACGGGAUGGGAGGUUCGUUGA